AUGGUGCAUUCCAACCGCGCCGUGCACAUCGUGAGCGUCCACUCGGCGGGGGAAAUCGGCGAUGUGAUCGUGGGCGGGGUUCUCGACGUGCCCGGUCAAACCAUGUUCGACAAGAUGACCUAUUUCCGGACCCAAGCCGACGAGCUGCGCCAGCUGCUGCUCAACGAGCCCCGCGGGCGUCCGUCGCGGAACGUGAACCUGGUGCUUCCCGCGUGCGACCCGCGCGCCGAUGCCGGGUUCCUGAUCAUGGAGAGCCAGGAAUACGCCUACAUGUCCGGCUCGAACACCAUCUGCACGGCCACGGCGCUGCUGGAGACGGGCAUGGUGAAGAUGCAGGAGCCGACCACCAUGCUCCGGCUGGACACGGCCGCCGGCUUGGUCGCGGUCACGGCGGAGUGCGAGGCCGGGAAGUGCAAGAGCGUGGCCUUCGACAAUGUCCCCGCCUUUGUGUUCCACCUCAAUCUGGCGGUGGACGUGCCGGGGCUGGGCACGAUCCUUUGCGACGUGGCGUACGGAGGCAUGAUGUACGCCAUCGUGGACAUGGCCCAGACCAACCUCACCAUGGAUCCGGACGAGGGCCAGCGCAUCGUGGAAUACGGGGAGCGCAUCAAGCGGGCCGUCCAGGCUGCCGUCCACCCGGUCCACCCGGACAACCCCGGCAUUCACGGGGUGACCAACUUCAUCUUCACAACGGCCCUGGUGGCGGGCGAUGGGCCGGAUGGCGGCAAGAAGGCCCAGAACGCGGUGGUGGUCUCGCCCGGUCGCUUGGACCGCAGCCCGUGCGGAACCGGGACGUGCGCGCGCAUGGCGCAGUUGCAUGCGAGACAGCAGCUGGCCGUGGGCGAGCCGUUUGUGCACACGAGUAUCAUCGGAACCGAGUAUGUUGGCUCCAUCACGGGUACCGUCAAGGUGGGCGAGUACGAUGCCAUCCUGCCUCGUGUCAAGGGCAGUGCCUGGAUCACCAGCUUCCAGCAGGUGGUCCUCGACCCCACCGAUCCUUUCCCACAGGGCUUCCGGGUGGGAGAUGCCUGGCAUGUGUCCAAGGUGCCAGUGCCCGCCGGCGCUCCGGUGAAUAGUAUUUAG